GCACCGUGCCCGCCCCACCCAGCCGCAGCGGCUCGGACGUCCGGAGUCCCUCGGCCCCGGCCAGAGGUCCAAGGCGGCAUCCCCCACCCUGUGGCCUGGAGAACAGUGGGUCGUGGCGGUCAUCAUGCACAGUGGUAUCCUGUCCACCUAGCAUCCCCUGUUCCCCCUCUGAGCCCGGCCUCAAGUUCCAGCCCAAGGCCCGCCCAGCCACACCAUGAGCCACGGGCCGAGCCCCCGGCUGAUCGAGUCCCCACAGUUGUCCAAGGGCAGCCUCCUGACCAUCCUGGGCAGCCCGUCGCCCGAGCGCAUGGGGCCGGCCGACUCGCUGCCGCCCACGCCGUCCAGCGGCACCCCCUCGCCUGGGCCGCCGCCGGCGCUCGCCUUGCCGCCGGUGCCCGCGCUGCUGGCCGACGGGGACUGGGAGAGCCGCGAGGAGCUGCGGCUGCGGGAGCUGGAGGAGGCGCGCGCGCGGGCGGCGCAGAUGGAGAAGACCAUGCGCUGGUGGUCGGACUGCACGGCCAACUGGCGCGAGAAGUGGAGCAAGGUGCGCGCCGAGCGCAACCGCGCGCGCGAGGAGGUGCGCCAGCUGCGCCAGCGCCUCGACGCGCUCACCAAGGAGCUGGCGGGCGCGCGGCGCGAGCGCCAGGAGGCGCAGGGCGAGUGCGAGGCGCGGGGCCGCGAGCUGGCGCGGCUGCGGGGCGCCGCUGACAAGACGCACGACGGCCGGGAACCGGAUCCCGAGCGGGAGCACGAGCCGGUGCGCGACGUCGGGUCAGAGAGGCCUCCGGGCAGCCAGGAGCUGGACCUGGUGGAGAGCUUGCUGAAGAGCAGGCCAGAGGAGCCCGAGGGCUGUUGGGAGGCAUGCAGCAUGGCAGCCGGGGGCCCGAGGAGCAGCUCAGGCCGCCAAGAUCGCAGCCGGCUACCCUGGGAGGACACAGCUGCCACCGAAGAGGACACCUCCAAGCUGACUGCCCUGCGGCUGCGGCUGGACGAGUCCCAGAAGGUGCUGCUCAAGGAGCGAGAGGACAAGCUGGCACUGAGUAGGAGCAUUGAGAAGCUGGAGGCAGAGCUCAGCCAGUGGAAGAUCAAGUAUGAGGAGCUGAACAAGACCAAGCAGGAGAUGCUUAAGCAACUCAGUAUCCUGAAGGAGGCACACCAGGACGAGCUGGGCCGCAUGUCUGAAGACCUUGAGGAUGAGCUGGGUGCACGGUCCAGCAUGGACAGGAAGAUGGCUGAGCUGAGGGGCGAGAUGGAGCGACUGCAGGCCGAGAAUGCUGCCGAGUGGGGCCGCCGGGAGAGGCUGGAGACCGAGAAGCUGGGCCUGGAGCGGGAGAACAAGAAGUUGCGGGCACAGGUCGGGGACCUGGAGGAGGCGCUGGCCCGACGGCGACGGCAGACGGCCAGCGCCCUGGACUGCGACCUGCGGACCAGCCAGGCCGCACUGUUCGAAAAGAACAAGGAGCUGGCCGACCUGAAGCACGUACACGGCAAGCUGAAGAAGCAGUUCCAGGAGAAGGUGGCAGAGCUGGUGCAUGCCAACCGGCGGGUGGAGCAGCACGAGGCGGAGGUGAAGAAGCUGCGGCUGCGGGUGGAGGAGCUCAAGAAGGAGCUGGCCCAAGCUGAGGACGAGUUGGAUGAAGCCCACAACCAGGCGCGGAAGCUGCAGCGGUCACUGGACGAGCAGACAGAGCAGAGCGAGAACCUACAGGUGCAGCUGGAGCACCUGCAGUCCAGGCUCCGCAGACAGCAGCAGAACGCCCCCCUCUUUGGGAAGAUACGCAGUGCCCGCUUUGGCAACGAGGAGGCUGGGGAUGGAGCCAGCGACCUGGAUGAAGACGAAGACCUGCAAAUCCAGGUGGCCUAGGGCCUCCAGGACUAGACAACUGCCCAGCCGCUCGAACUGACACAGAGGCCUCACUGCUGUGCUCACUGUGGGUCCACACCCUGCCCCCUGCCACAGACCACUUUCUUCUCUCCCUGGCCCUGGAGAGGGGAAGCCUGUUUGAUAUAUAUAUUAUAUAUAUGCCUGGGGCUGCUCGCACCCAUUUGGUUUAUAAACACAGGACCACUGCUGCCCAGGCCAGGCAGCUCCGCCCACCCAGGACUUCAUGCAGGGGUGAGGCCCCCACCUAGGCUGUCUCUCUAGGCCUUGGCAGCUUGACCAGAGCUGUUUAUAAUACAAUGCAAUGAACCUAGUCGUUUGUAAUAAAUGGAGUUCAAGU